UUAGGUUCCUCCGCAGGUGUGUACUCGACGAUGCAGCUCAUGAAGCCUUCCGCGUGAUGGACCUCUUUGCUCCAUGGAGUACUAGGCUGCAAUGCUGGCAAGCUAGGACGAAGGUGUAUUCUCAGCUAUUAAAAAGCGUGCCACGGCUUCUACUUCUUGGUAUUGCGCAUCUCCAGAGACUUGUUGGUGGCGGCAACUACGGCGGAUAUUGCCGCGGCCCUGAAGCCGUUCUUCUCCAGGGCUUCUACCGCACAGAUCGUGGUCCCUCCUGGGCUACAGACGUUGUCCUUCAGGACCCCUGUUGAUGGGCGGUGCCCGUUUAGUAUAACAAAGUGAGGAGGCGACGGCAACGUGGGGGGGCGGAGAGUCGGCGGCGGGAAGGACUUGGUGAGAUGUGAGAUGUGCGGCAGAUGACCGGGAAACGGUCCACUCUUCCUGGCGGAAGCUUAGCUUGGUGGUACAAGACGAGAGGCAGAGAGGAUGACGAGAGCAAAAUCAACGUCGUGACCUCGAUAAGUCGGGGCGGCUAGCUGCCUACGACAUUAUUUGACGUCGCAUACUUGAAUCAGGAAUAACACAUGCACGGCGGUGGAAAGGCCGCCGACACU